CACCCGCUGUUGUAGUCCCACUCUCUCCAACCUGCGGCAAUUACAAAGUUCCCACCCAACAAAAACCAAACUUCGAUUUCAUCGAAAGCUCCUGUCACGGCCCUCGUCUUCGUAUAAAUCGAGAGGGACAACCCUUUGCUCAUCUCUCAGAGUCCACUCUUCUUUCCGAGCUCAAAUCUUGCGGAUUAAUACAGGAUUUUGACUUUGUUGUUGGGAAUUUAGAUUCGUGAUCAUGGCCUCGACUGCAACUGCUGGGACCCAUAUGGCUGCUGUUAAGCCUGGAAUUUCUUACCAGAAGUCGUUCAAGCCAAGUAUAGCAGCUCUGGGUGUGGAGAGCAAAAAGGAAGCCUCUUGGACCAAGCUUGCGAGCUCGUCCCACAUCUCUUCGAGACAGCCCAUGUUGCAGAGCUUUGCAUCAAGGCGCGUGAAGCUUGCAAGAGUGACCACAAAAGCAAUGUCUUCUGCCAAUGAGAGCAGCCCGCUUCCUGGAUUGCCCAUUGACCUGAGAGGCAAGAGAGCAUUUAUAGCUGGUGUUGCUGAUGACAAUGGGUAUGGUUGGGCGAUUGCAAAAUCUCUUGCUGCUGCCGGUGCUGAAAUUCUUGUUGGUACCUGGGUUCCCGCCCUGAAUAUUUUUGAGACGAGCCUUAGGCGUGGAAAAUUUGAUGAGUCACGAGUGUUGCCUGAUGGCUCUUUGAUGGACAUUACCAAAGUUUAUCCACUUGAUGCGAUUUUUGACUGCCCCGAGCAUGUUCCUGAGGAUAUUAAGAAUAACAAACGCUAUGCUGGUUCCACAAAAUGGACUGUUAAGGAAGUCGCUGAAUCUGUCAAAGAAGACUUUGGAAGCAUUGACAUCCUCGUGCAUUCACUUGCUAAUGGACCAGAGGUCAUCAAGCCUCUGCUUGAAACUUCUCGGAAUGGAUAUCUCGCUGCAAUCUCGGCAUCGAGUUACUCCUUUGUCUCUCUGCUCAAACACUUUGUUCCAAUCAUGAAUCCAGGGGGUGCUACGAUCUCUCUGACCUACAUUGCCUCUGAGAAGAUCAUCCCAGGAUACGGUGGAGGUAUGAGUUCAGCAAAAGCUGCUCUCGAGAGUGACACACGUGUCUUGGCUUUCGAAGCUGGGAGAAAGCACAAGAUCAGGGUUAACACAAUAUCUGCAGGUCCAUUGCGAAGCCGUGCUGCCAAAGCUAUCGGCUUCAUUGAUAUGAUGAUCGAUUAUUCUCUAGAAAAUGCGCCGUUGCAGAAAGAACUCUCCGCAGAGGAGGUGGGUAAUGCUGCUGCCUUCCUUGCCUCUCCACUGGCUUCUGCCAUCACCGGUGCAGUCGUGUACGUCGAUAACGGUCUAAACGCAAUGGGAGUUGGAGUCGACAGCCCAGUAUUCGCAAACCUCGACAUCCCGAAGUCUAAGUAGAGUAAAAGAGUUUGAACGAGAGAAAUUAGUAAGAGGCGGACAGAGGAUUGUGCUCAGUGAAAUUUCUACUGGAAUUUUGAAUAAUAGAUUUGUCUCUCCCUUGUCUAGCUGCGUUUGAUUCUUCCUGGUGAGGUGGAACCAAUUUUCUUGCUUCGGUUUACUUUAACAAGUUUGUAAUUCUCGGGAUCGUCUUCGUCUUAGUUUUGCACUCAUAUCUCGCAUGUGAUACCUGCAAUAGCUGAAAUAACAACAUAGCUGUAUGUGCUUAUGGUGGA